AUGAUGCGCCUCGCCCUGGGCCCAGCGCGCCUGAUGCCGCGCCAACGCUCGUCCGGCGCGCUUCCGGGGCUGCUUCGGCUCGCGGUCGUGUUGCUCUUCACCUGCUACCAACUCUCGGCAGUCUCGGCCACGGUCUUCAGUUGCGUCGGGUGAGUCGUCGAGCUAGCGCAGCGCACAACCUAUCCCCUUGGCUGGGACAUUCCGCUGACACUUGGCCCCGGCGCUUCGUCUCCUCCCACCCUCCGCAGCGGUACCGUGUACGUCGUCGCGCAUCCCGACGAUGAUCUGCUGUUCCAAUCCCCCGAUCUGUGGACCGAUGUCGUCAGUGGAGCAUGUAUCACCACCAUCUUUCUCACCUCUGGAGAUUCGGGUAAGUCCACUGCAGGGUGACGUCUGGUCGCGCGGGCUCGCGCACGUGACUGACGCUGUUGCCGUGGCCGCUUGAACAUUUGGGACCCAUUUCAGGUGUGGGACUUACGUACGCCAAGGCUCGUGAGAGCGGCAAUGAAGCCGCAAAUUCUUACAUGGCCAACGUGGACGACAGCUGGACAGAGUGAGUGAAAGCAGGGAUGUAGACGCUCAACUGCGCACGCUGAUUUGUCAUUCUGCGUCGUAGAUUCGUUGCCACGUUCGGCGGGCAGCCAGUGCUAGUGCGCACAUUGGUCGGUGCACCCCAGGUACAGCGUGUGUGGUUCCGGCUGCCUGAUGGUAACGUCGAUGGAGUCAGUUUAAGCUCUUGCGCUUCGCCGCCGGGGCUUCAUAGAGAGCCUUUCGGAGGCGAAAGCUGACGAAAAGCGUUGCGUGUUGCUCUGCAGACUGGGUAUGCCCCCAACGGCUACCAAUCGCUUCGUGGCCUCUACUUUGGUUCUAUUUCCAGCAUUUCGAGCGUUGACGGCGGCGCGACCUUCACUCUUGCCACGCUCAAGAAUGCCAUCAGCGACAUCCUGACGGCUCGCCAGGCCAAGAACGUUCGCACUCUCGACCAUCUGAGCGACUACGAUGCUGGCGAUCAUUCUGACCACAUUACGACCGCCAGGAUCACCUCGGCUCUGGUCGGCAACACCGCACCUAGCGCCAACUUUGCCGGCUACAUGGGCUACCCGAUCAACAACUUCGCUCCCACCCUCAUCUCGGGCUCUGCGCAGUUCGUCGCCAAGUCGAACGCGUUCUUCCAGUACACGCCUUUCGACUCGGGUGAAUGCCAAUCUUACUCAGCCUGCACGAGCGCCGGCCGUGGCGAGUCCUACUGGCUGGCUCGACAGUACGUCGUGACGUCGGCGCUGGCGCAGCAGUCAUACACCGGCUCGGCCGAGUCGCCCGUCACCAUUCCCAACGGAACCAACAUCGCCCGCAUCGCCAAUGCUACCGCCUCGAGCUAUGCUGGCCCGACCCAGGUCCCGGGCCGAGCCAUCGACGGAAUUAUCUCGGGCUAUCCGGGCAAUUCGUCGGCGGAGUGGGUUUCCGACGGUGGCACAGCGGGCACGACGUUCUCCCUCACCUGGAACGACACGUACAGUGUCACCUCGAUCGUCUUGUACGAUCGACCCAACGUCAACGAUUGGGCCAAAGGUGGCACGAUCACGUUCGCCGAUGGCAAGAGCGUCUCCUUUGGUGCUCUGGCCAACGAUGGCUCGGCGACGCUCGUCACGUUGUCGCAAACCGUCAUCACGAAUUCGCUGGUCGUCAAGUUUACUUCGGUGUCGGCUGCUACUGGAAGCGUCGGUCUAGCCGAAAUCCAGGUGUUUGGUGACCUUUGUUCUGGGUGCCAGGACACUGGCGGAGCCAUUGAAAACGCAACAACCAUCAGCGCGACGGCCUUUUCGGAUCUCGCGCUGCUGGCCCAGGCGACGGCGUCUUCGGAAGCGAACGGACAAUCGGCGGACCGCGUUAACGACGGUGUCAUCUCGGGUUACCCAGCAAACUGGACCGCCGAGUGGUCUACCAAGGGCCAAGGCGCUGGUGCUUGGCUCAACCUGACGUGGCCUCAGAGUAUUUGGCUCGAUUCGCUCGUCUUCUACGAUCGCCCUAACCUCGGUGAUUGGAUUACGGGGGGGACGCUUGCUUUUGACGACGGCUCGACCGUCACAAUCCCGAGCCUCAACAACGAUGGCUCAGCGACGGUCGUCAACCUGACCAAUGCCGUCACGACGACGUCGUUGCUGUUCACCGUAACCAGCGCGGGCCCUUCUUCGGGAUCCGUUGGCCUCGCUGAACUCGCCGUCUUUUACUCGCAAGGCCAAGUCGGGGGCGUACCCACUGGAUCAAACACCACCUCCAAUACCACGUCCGGCACCACCACCACCACCACAGGCGCGUUUGCUGAUCUUGCUCUCACGGCCUCCGCCUCGGCGUCGUCGGGGGCCAGCGGGCAGACCGCAGACCGGGCGAAUGACGGGGUCAUCUCGGGCUACCCAUCAAACUGGACCGCCGAAUGGGCGACCCAGGGAGAAGGAACAGGCGCAUGGCUCAACCUCACGUGGUCGAGUCACUACAUGGUCGACUCUCUCGUUUUCUACGAUCGCCCCAAUCCCGACGAUUGGAUCACGGGCGGCACGGUCGCCUUCAGCGACGGCACCACCGUCACCAUUCCGAGCCUGAACGACGAUGGCUCGGCCACUGUGGUCAACCUCACCGCGGCAGUCAACACGACCACGCUGCUCUUCACCGUGACGAGCGCUGGACCCUCCUCGAGUUCGGUCGGCUUGGCCGAGCUGGGCGUAUUCUACUCGCAAGCGCAAAGCUCGUCGGGUACGACUGCGGUCUCGGCCACCGUAGGGUCGUCGGAUGCCUACUCGGACCUGGCUCUCACGGCCUCCGCCUCGGCGUCGUCGGGGGCCAGAGGGCAGACCGCAGACCGGGCGAAUGAUGGGGUCAUCUCGGGCUACCCAUCGAACUGGACCGCCGAAUGGGCGACCCAGGGAGAAGGAACAGGCGCAUGGCUCAGCCUCACCUGGUCGAGUCACUACAUGGUUGACUCUCUCGUUUUCUACGAUCGCCCCAAUCCCGACGAUUGGAUCACGGGCGGCACGGUCGCCUUCAGCGACGGCACCACCGUCACCAUUCCGAGCCUGAACGAUGAUGGCUCGGCCACUGUGGUCAACCUCACCGCGGCAGUCAACACGACCACGCUGCUCUUCACCGUGACGAGCGCUGGACCCUCCUCGAGUUCGGUCGGCUUGGCCGAGCUGGGCGUAUUCUACUCGCAAGCGCAAAGCUCGUCGGGUACGACUGCGGUCAACACGACGCUGACGUCGACAACGACGACCAGCUCGGGCACCGUAGGUUCGUCGGAUGCCUACUCGGAUCUGGCUCUCACGGCCUCCGCCUCGGCGUCGUCGGGAGCCAGCGGGCAGACCACAGACCGGGCGAAUGACGGGGUCAUCUCGGGCUACCCAUCAAACUGGACCGCCGAAUGGGCGACCCAGGGAGAAGGAACAGGCGCAUGGCUCAACCUCACCUGGUCGAGUCACUACAUGGUCGACUCUCUCGUUUUCUACGACCGCCCGAAUACCGAAGAUUGGAUCACGGGCGGCACGGUCGCCUUCAGCGACGGCACCACCGUCACCAUUCCGAGCCUGAACGAUGAUGGCUCGGCCACCGUGGUCAACUUGACGACCGCCGUCAAGUCUUCGUCUUUGCUCUUCACCGUGACCAGCGUCGGGCCCUCUACCGGCUCGGCCGGAUUGGCCGAGCUGGGCGUAUUUUACUCAAAGUCGCAAACCCCCGACCUCGUCAUGAACAACACGACUUAUGUCCAGAGCAACAACACGGCCACCACGAGCAACUCGACGUCUGCGAUCAUCUCACUGACCACGGACACCAGCGUGGAUCUCGCGUUGAACGCGACCGCGACCGCGUCCUCGAGCGCGUCCGGCCAAGAACCCGACAAGGCCAACGACGGCAAGGUCAGCGGCUACAAGGAGGACGGCUCGGGCAUCUGGCAGCAAGAGUGGGCGACCGAGGACCAAACCGUUGGUGCUUGGCUCACGCUGACGUGGCCUUCCAACGUCGAGAUCAACGAGGUCGUCCUGUACGAUCGUCCCAAUCUCGCCGAUCAUGUCACGGCUGGUACGCUCACUUUCAGUUCUGGUGCGGUCGUGUCGUUCGGCGCGCUCGCCAACAACGGCUCGGCUACCUCUGUCGCCCUGGCGCAACCCAUCAUUGCAUCGGUCUUGACCUUGACCGUCACCGGAGCCUCGCCCUCGUCGUCGAACAUCGGGUUGGCGGAAAUCAUGGUCUACGGCGCCGUGCCCGUCAACACCUCGGCAAAUUCGACCGGCAGCGCCAACUCGACGUUGACCAAUUCCACCGUCGAGACCAGCUCGGCGCUCGGAGCCGUCAACGUCAACUCGACCUUGGCCAACUCGACCCUUUCCAACUCGACCCUGGCCAAUUCAACCCUGGCCAACUCGACUCUGACUAACUCGACGCUUGCGGGAAACGCAAGCCUGACUAAUUCGACACUGGCCAAUUCAACUUUGACGAAUUCGACGCUUAGUAA